AUGGCGCUGACCAGCGACAGGUUUAUGAGCCGCGCGCUCCGCAUCCACCGCCUCGUGAAGCGAGGCCUCGCCGCGGGCCUCCGCCGCUGCUCCCGUGGCGCGGCGACCACCGCCGUACAGACAGCAGCAUCGCCGUCGCCUCCGGCAUUGCGCCAGCAAGGCGAGAACGCGUUCGCGGUCGACGCGGAUGCCCUGCUCCUGAACCCGUCGCCGGGAGCCGCGUUCCCGCCCUACUUCCUCGCCGCCGUCGAGGCGGGCGGCUACGCCCGGGGCCUCGUCCUGCUCGCGCUCUACCCGGUCCUGCGCGCGCUGCCCUGCGGCGCGCGCGUGAGGGCCAUGGCCAUGGUCUCCUUCUGCGGGCUCCGCCGCGACGAGGCGGCCAGGGUCGGCAGGGCCGUGCUCCCCAAGAUCUUCUCCCGGGAGGCGCCGGGCGUGCACGCCGUCGAGCCGGCGCUGCGCGCGUUGCCCAAGGAGGCGAAGGUGGUGGCCGUCAGCCCGACGUUCCCGACGGUGAUGGUGGAGGCGUUCUUGAAGGAGUACGUGGGGUUCGACGCGGUGGCAGGGAGGGAGCUCAAAGGAGGGCCACGGUACCUCACCGGGGCCAUGGCCGAGCUGGACACGGAGAGGGUUGCGCGUUCCCUGGAUCAAACCGAGAAGACGACAUCGUGCGGCUAUGCCCCGAAGCCCGUUGUGUUCCACGACGGCCGGCUGGCGUUCACGCCGACGGCGGCGGCCGCGCUCGCAAUGUACAUCUACUUCCCCUUCGGCGUCGUCCUUGCCGUCAUCCGCAUCGCCAUCUACAUCCUCCUCCCGUGGCGCGUGUCGGCCGUCGCUGCCGCGCUCACCGGAGUGAGGGUGCUCUCCCCGAUCCCGCUGCGGCGGCUGACCCGCGACCGCGAGGUGGACCGGCGCCGCAUGUCGUCGAUGCUGGCGCGCGGCGACGUGAUCGUGUGCCCCGAGGGGACGACGUGCCGGGAGCCGUACCUACUCCGGUUCAGCCCGCUGUUCGCCGAGCUCGCCGCCGAGGUGACCCCCGAGGCGGUCGACGCGCGGACGAGCGAAUUCUACGCGACGUCCACGUCACCUCUCGCCAAGAGCUUGGACUCCGUCUACUUCCUCAUGAACCCUCGGCCGGAGUACAGCGUCCAGUUCUUGAAGCCGGUGAGCACUGAGGGCGGUAAGAGCAGCAUAGAGGUGGCAAACGAGGUGCAGCGUGAACUGGCCUCUGCGCUCGGGUUCCAAGGGACAACUCUCACGAGGAAGGACAAGUACCUCCUCCUCUCCGGGAACGAAGGUCUCCUUCGCUCGUCUUAA